CUAUGUAUUUGCCUAUGGCAUCUACUUAUUUGCCUGUUAUAAAACAGCAGUGUAGAGUAAACAGUUCCUAAGUUCAUUUUGCAUCAGUGAUUGCAAUAUGUGGAACUCCUCAGUUUGUUGUGCUUUUGAGUACCCUAUUUUAGACAAACUCCUACCCCCUAUACUGAUUGUGGAGUUCAUUUUUGGCCUCACAGGGAACAUUUUUGCCCUCUGGAUGUUUGCUUUCCACAUGGAGAACUGGAAGCCAAACUCCAUCUACCUGGCACACAUGACUGUGGCUGACUCAAUGGUGCUCUUCUUCAUGCCAUUCAGAGCCGACUACUACAUCAGGGGCCAGGACUGGAUCUUCGGAGAUGCCUUCUGCCGCAUGAUGCUCUUCCUUUUGACAGCGAAUAGGGCCGCCAGCAUUUCCUUCCUCACUGCCGUGGCUGUGGACCGCUACCUGAAAAUUGUGCACCCACUACACCGUCUAAACCGGAUGAACCUGAGUUACACCAUGUGGGUAUCUGCAGGCUUAUGGGCAAUGGUAUUACUUAUGUCAUCUCAGUUGCUGGGUUCAGCACAUUUUUUCAGCCUCGGCAACCGCAUCCAGUGUGAGAGUUUUAACAUAUGCUUCGACAAUGGUCCAUUUUCAACCUGGCACAGUGCCUUUUAUGUGAUCCAGUUCUGUGUGUCAGGCAGCAUCAUCAUCUUCUGUACAGCCUGCAUUACAUGGCAGCUGAAAACCAAGACGAUGGACACCACAGGCAAGGUCAAGAGGGCCGUCCACUUCAUUUUCAUUGUUGCCUUGAUCUUUUUCAUCUGCUUCCUGCCAAGCACUGCUUCAAGGAUCUCUGUUCUGAUCCUGAAGGCCUGGUACCAGGAGUGUUCACACUUCAAUGAUGCAAAUCUGGCAUUUUAUACUUCAGUCUGCUUCACCUAUUUAAAUAGUAUGCUAAAUCCUCUGGUUUACUACUUUUCCACUCCUGCAUUCAGUGGGACCAUACAGAAAAUUUUCAGGAGAUUUACAGAGCAAAAAGAAGAGGUGACUUCAUGAAUAGCAAUGUGGUUACAGUAACAACCAGUUAAAGUCAAUUUAAGUCAAAUAUGUAAAACAAACAAUA